CUCUGGCGUACAACCAGAUCACGUGAUCGGCCUUUUCGCCAUCAUGAACAUGGACUACAACGAGACAGAUAUCAAAGUUUGCACAUGAUGGAUCCAUCCUCAGGUGUGUACAACCCAGAUGUCAAGUGAAUCGGGGUCCAUAUCGUAAGCUGUGAUGGACUUCAGAGGACUGUCUACCUGAGAACAUAACUAUGGAGGUGUGCACUCCGCUAAACGAUGCCGUGAAACAAAGUGCUACAGGUAUAAAAAUAAACCCAGAUAGCCAACAGUUUUCCCCAAAUCAGAUGGCCAGUUCAAGGAGUUCCCAAACAAUUAAGCAAUUGACACCACAAUCAGACAGCCGUAAAAGAUCUGACAAUGGAGACAAAAUCUCAGUUACCUUCUCUUCAUCAGCAUCAGUCAUGAAUCCUGGAGCAACUCGUCCUAAGUUGCUUGCAGAGUUGACAUCUGUGAGAGCUAAACAGUUGGCUGCCCAUUCACUUCCCGGUGGGGCAAGUCGGACACUCACCGUGGGACAGGAAAAAGCCGGCAGAUCAGAGAGUCCAAUCAUCAUCAUUGAAAACAUCUCUAAAGUUUUUCCAGUGCCGUUGAAUUCUCAUGGACAAAAAACUGUGCAUAAUCUCAUACCCAGUGAAUCUCAGUUGACAUUGAGUAAGAAAGCCACCUCUCAGAGUAGCACUCCAGUGAAAAGGACAACCAUUCAGGUCACUUCAUCUACUAGUCCUGAUCAUAAUAUCAAACACCAAGACGCAGCUCUCACAGACAGCAAUCGAACGGCAAAAGAAACAUUUAAAUGUGAAGAAUGUGAAUAUACCAGUUACAACAAGCAUUAUUUAAAGCAGCAUGUAGACCUUGUCCAUCACGCUGACCGACCAUUCAAAUGUCCCUUCUGUGACUAUGCAGGGAAGCGUAGUCAUUCUUUGCGGGAACAUCUAAUAGUUCACUCUAACGAAAGACCCUAUGAGUGUACACACUGUAACGCCACGUUUAGAAAGAAAGGCCAUCUCACAAACCACACAAAACUCCACCAGAAGACAGUCUUCUGUAACACCUGUCGCAAAUCUAUCAUUCACGCCGAGUUGGAGGCACAUGUGAAAACAUGUCGUGCUAGGGAAAACGUUUUUGUGUGUGAACUUUGUAGUUUUGUAGCUCCAGAUGAAAACGCCAUCUUGGAACAUAUCAAAGUGCAUCAAUCACAACAGAUCUAUGUGUGCAGCACGUGUAAACACAUGACUAGUGACUUUGAAGCAUUUGUUGCACAUGCAGAAACACAUCAACAGACAUCUUCAAAUACAGACUCGAGCACUGCAGAACUCAAAUCUGCUUCUAUUAAGGCAGACCUAAAACAGACUAUUCUAUCCAAGCGUCCACAUGACCUAGAGCAGGGAAAGGAGUCACCUGUGUCUAAAGUUCGACCUGUACCUGCGGCAACUAGUCAGCCUGGUAAACAGGACCUACUACUGAAAUGUUCUGAGUGUGGGUUUGUUGCUCCUACUACCACACUAAUGAAAAACCACAUGUGGACCCAUUUACAGAGUAUGGAAAACCCUUCCCCAUCCUUCAAAGAGGAAGUCACUUCACAGAAACCUGCAAUAGAGAGGUUGCCCCCACAGGAAAAGUCAGUGUACAAGUGUGUGGAAUGUGACUUCAUGUGUGGUGAAGCAUACAAUUUUGUAGUGCACAUGUUGGCACACAAACCUGAACUUCAGCAUUCAAAUGUCCCGUCGAUACCUGUUCCGUCACUACCUGUACAGUCUGCAUCAUUGCAGUCCAUGCCAGUCCAGUCCGUACCAUUGCAAUCGGUACCAAUGCAGGCAGGUCCAGUCCAGCCAGUUCCUGGUCAGUCUGUAACAAUGCAGGCAGUUCCAGUCCAGCCAGUUCCUGGUCAGUCUGUAACGUUGCAGGCAGUUCCAGUCAAGCCAGUUUCUGGUCAGUCUGUAACGAUGCAGGCAGUUCCAGUCCAGCCAGUUCCUGGUCAGUCUGUAAAAAUGCAGGCAGUACCAAUGAAGGCAGUACCAGUGCAGUCAGGACUAGUGCCCUCGGUACAAAUACAGCAGUUAAAACCUGUUAAUACUUCCACGAUUGAAAAAUUAGUAACUUCUGUCCCCAUGACAUUAGUUUCCUUUUCAAGUCCUUCAUCAGCGAAGUCCUCGUCUGCUACAACACCCUCAGCUUCAGUGCCAGCUACGGUCACAUCAACAGGCAAGGAGCCGGCAUCCCCUUUUGCCAUCAGACAAGAUUUGAAGGAAAGCAUCCUAGCCAAACAGCAAAAACUACCUGCAAUUCAAGACUAUUUGAUUAAAAGUAAAGAUGGAGAGUUACCUCCCUUCGUCCAUGACAGGGUGAAUGCCCGAUACCUGUGCACUAUUUGUGGAUACUCCUGUGAGUUUCAGAGAACUAUAAAAGCUCACAUUUGGAAACAUUCAGGAAAUCAAGACAUUGAAUACCCCAUGUUUCAAAAUGGCCCCCUCAGUAUUUAUGAUUCUGCUGUAGAAUCUAAAUCUUGUUUGAAUUUAACACCAAGUUCUGUAUUUAUGAUGGAAAAGGCACAGAAAGCAUUAAAGGAAAACACUAAGGAACCCAACACAAAGGUUUCUACCUCCCAGCACACCUCUGUCAGUCCCAUUGCUCCUGCCUUGGCCCACCUUUUGGCUGCGAGGGCCAUGACUGGACUCACACAGGAAGUGACCUUACCAAAGGUUACAGAGUCUGAGGUUAAAUCCCAGUCAGAUGUCCAAGAUUCCAAGGAGGAAACUGAAAUAAAUUCAGAUUUUAUCUCAAAACCAACGGUGAAACCAGCCUCGAAGAUUUCUCAAGGGGAGGAUGCAGAGACCAUACCUUCAGAGACUGACGCAGAAUCCAGUCCGACAAAAACAUCAGAUGUACUUGGUACAGCGAAAGAAAACGAACAAGAUGAUGAUCAUCUAACCACUUCUAACACGGCACCUGCUGAAACCGUCAGUGUUGGAAAUGAUGAUGAAGAGCCGAUGGAUACUACAAGUAUGACACAAGAGACAUCGGAGGAUUCGGUGGAUAAGUCAGAUGCAGAGAAACAAGAUGAUACAUCUCCAAAAACCUCUGGAUCAGCCCAGGGACAAAAUGGUGCUAAAAAACGAAAACUGAGUGAAUCAAAGUAUGACGUGAAUGAAAUGUUACAGAUGGUGAAGCUGUUCUGUGCUGCAGAGGAUGUAGAAUGUGAGGAUGUGGUGGAGCAGGGCAAUGUUGUCGUGGAGACGGUGGAUUGUGUGGUAAACUUGUCAGGGCUGACCAGUAUAAAGAGUCAACAAAGCAGUCCCCGUACAUGCUCUGGAAUAACAGGGUCUACAGAGGGCGAAAUCACUGGUGAAACAGAGCAAGACAUGGAGUGUGGUGACUCCGGGUUCAUGUCGGAUACAAAUUCCAGUCAAUCACAAGCCACCUCAAAAGUGGAGCAUGCCUACAUGUCAACAAGAUCAAGUUCCAGACAAUUGGAAAGAUUGAAGAAAAAUGUCAGUAAUUCUCCUAAAUCGAAACACAAGGAGGGCAUUGAGCAUGCGACAAAAGAAGCAAGUGGGUCAGGGAAACAUCAAGAAAAAGUUAGGAAGGAUGAGGCACAGAACAGAAACUGUGCAGAAAAUGAAGAUUUAGAGGAACAUGAUGAAGAGGAAGAGGACAUUCCUCCAUCUUCUAUGGCAGAAUCAGCUGUAACUUUGCUGUCUUUGCUGAAAAAAGGAGCAAACCAUAAUCCAGCAUGUCCAUCAUCAGCACAGAAAGUGAAGGACGAACAGUCUGAGGUCACCAGGACGAAAGGAGACAUUACGAAGGAGAAGAAACCUAAAUCUCAGGGCAUUUCUUCAUCUUUACUUGCUGUUAUAGAACAGUUGAGAGAACGGGCACGGACGGAAACAGACUAUGAUAUAGAGUCUGGAAAGAAAGGUACAAAAAAGAAAUCACGGAGGCUCUCUGCAGAGGAUGAAGGGCCAAUGGAGAAGAUGGACAAUGUGGAGCGUAUCGAGGAGGCAGAGGAAGACGAGUCGAGGUUUCGUUGUAAACUCUGUCACUACUCUAACUCCAGUACUUUUGUAAUGAAACAGCAUAUGCGUCUACACAAGACGAAGCGUCCAUUUGAGUGUUCACUGUGUGACUUCAUGGCGGAAUCUAGUGAGGACUUGCAGAACCAUAUGAUAAAACACUGUAAAGUUCGAACGUACCAAUGUAAGUUGUGUCCAUCUGCAUUUAACUACAAGAGUCAACUGCGUGCUCACAUGAGAGCACACAAUGAAAAAGACGUUUUUGCUUGUGAGGAAUGUGACUUUGAAACAGGAAACCCCAAUUUACUGAGGAACCACAUGAGCAAUUGCCAUGAAGUCAAGCAAUAUGUGUGUGAAGUAUGUGAGCGGAGAUUCGUCUCCAAGCACCAGCUCAGAGUCCAUAAGAAAAUCAUGUGUAACGGAGAAGAAGAAAUGCCGUUGAUGUUGUGUCCAGAUGAAAAUGGGAAAGAAACACAGGAUCAGAAAUCUCACGGAAAGUUCCAAAAACAGGACUUCAGGUGUGCAAAGUGUGAUUAUGUAACUAACUCAUUUGCAAGAUUUGGAAAUCAUAUGAAGACACAUGAGGAACCAAAGGUUCUGAAAUGUGAGCUAUGUGACUUUCCAGCUGUGUCCAAUCGUAGCCUUAAGUCACACAUGAAGCGACACAUAAACGACCAGCGGUUUGUGCAGCAGCCACUGGAACAGUACAAGUGUAAUCUUUGUGGCUAUGUGUGUCACCACCUUCCUUCGCUAAAAUCACACAUGUGGCGCCAUGCUAGUGACCAGAACUACAGCUACGAAUUCACAAAUGAAGUCAUCAAUGCAGCCAUUGAUUAUGACAGCCGUCUUGACACCAAAGAAUGCUGCGAGGAAGAUGUUGCAGAGUUCAAUAAAACAAUUCGUGAAAAGAUGCGGAUCCGACUCGCUAGUCAGGGUGUCACCAAAGAUGCGGAGAGUCUGUGUGCUGUUUGUUGGGUUACCUUCCGCUGUUGUCAGUGUGGGUUUGAAGUCAUCAAUAAAGCGCAGCUAAACUUACACAUGAAGACACACUCAGAUGUUAUUCAGUGGACUCUGCAGGUCUCCCAAAACAGUACUACCAGCAGUGGUACAAGUGGGGGGCAAAGUAGUGCUAUCACAGUGGACAGUGGGGAAGGCAGCAGCCAUGUUAAACAAAGACCUGAUAGGAAAGGUCUAGAGAUACAAUAACAGAUCUGAUAGACAAGGUUUAGAGAUAUAAUAACAUGUAUGUCAAGAAAGGUAGAGAUACGAUAACAAGACUGUUAGGUUUAGAGAAGGAGAUAGGAAAGACCUAGAAAUUUGAUAAAAGAUCUGAUAGGAAAUUAAUGGUCUAGAGAUCCAAUAAUGGAUCUGAUAGGUAAGGUUUAGAGAUACGAUAAUGAAGCUGAUGGAUAAGGUUUAGAGAUACGAUAAUGGAUCUGAUAGGUAAGGUUUAAAGAUACGAUAAUGGAUCUGAUGGGUAAGGUUAAAAGAUACGAUAAUGGAUCUGAUAGGUAAGGUUUAGAGAUACAAUAAUGGAUCUGAUGGAUAAGGUUUAAAGAUACGAUAAUGGAUCUGAUAGGUAAGGUCUAGCGAUACGAUAAUGGAUCUGAUGGAUAAGGUUUAAAGAUACGAUAAUGGAUCUAAUAGGUAAGGUCUAGCGAUACGUUAAUGGAUCUGAUAGAUAAGAUUUAGAGGUACGAUAAUGGAUCUGAUAGGAAGGUCUAGAAAUACAAUA